GCUGCCAUAAAACGCCAUUUUAUCACUCUGACGAUUGAAUCUCAGCCCUUCCUUCCUUAUCAUACCACCCUCCCCACCUAUAUCUCUCUGCUUCCCUCUGCCAUUUUUCUUCCUCUAUCAACUUUUCCUCCUUCUAGUGGAUGAAAGCUUCAACUCAAAAACCUCUGUGAUGUUCAUGCAGUUUAAUCCCCAUUAUUUCUCUGCAUAAACACUCAUUUUCAGUCUGUACUUUACACUUAUCUGUUUCAGUGGCUUAGUCAAUUACUUCAUAAACGCAUUAAAUACACCUCUUCAAUAAUCGAAGUCCUUUAUAUAAAGGCUUCAGCUUUUUGCUUUGUGACAGAAAGCUUCAAUUUCUAGUUUUUUUUCCUCAAUUUCAAAGGAGUUGAAAAUGGCACCAAGAAACACUCGCGGAAAGGCUAAGGGUGAGAAGAAGAAGAAGGAAGAAAAGGUUCUUCCAGUUGUGAUAGAUGUCACUGUGAACCUUGUCGAUGAAACUCAAGUUGUUCUCAAGCAGGGCAUAUCAACUGAUAGAACAAUAGAUGUUCGUCGACUUUUAACAGUUAAUACAGAGACAUGUCAUAUCACUAAUUUCUCCCUAUCACAUGAGGUUAGAGGGCCUCGUUUGAAGGAUUCGGUGGAUGUUUCCGCACUGAAGCCCUGCUUCCUCACUCUAGUGGAAGAGGAUUACGAUGAAGAACGAGCGGUGGCUCACGUCCGAAGACUCCUCGACAUCGUCGCCUGCACCACCACCUUCGGUCCGUCGUCGACGCCGAAGAAUGCCGCCACCACCGCGCCGAAGUCCAAACCUCCGCCGGCCAAUCCGUCACCGAAAGAUGCCACCGCGGCGGCGGCGGCAGCCGCAGCAGACGGAGACGGCGAGAUAAGCCACUCUUGCCCUAAGCUGGACAGUUUCUACGAGUUUUUCUCGCUUUCGAAUCUCACUGCACCGAUCCAAUAUGUGAAGAAAGCUGCGAGGCGCCACGUGGAGGAGAUAGCAGAGGCUGAUCAUCUGUUUUCGCUCGAUGUGAAGCUGUGUAAUGGGAAAGUGGUGCAUGUUGAAGCUUGCAGAAAGGGGUUUUAUAGCAUUGGGAAGCAGCGGAUUCUGUGUCACAAUCUUGUUGAUUUGUUGAGACAGCUUAGCAGAGCUUUUGACCAUGCGUACGAUGAUCUCUUGAAGGCAUUUCUAGAACGCAACAAGUUUGGGAAUCUCCCCUAUGGCUUCAGAGCCAACACAUGGCUUGUUCCUCCUAUUGCAGCUCAUUCACAAUCAGUUUUUCCUUCUCUCCCUGUGGAGGAUGAAACUUGGGGUGGAAAUGGUGGUGGUCUUGGAAGAGACGGGAAAUUUGAUUUGAUUCCUUGGGCCAAUAAAUUUUCAUAUAUUGCAUCUAUGUCUUGCAAGACAGCAGAAGAAAGGCAAAUUCGUGAUAGAAAAGCAUUUCUACUGCACAGCCUGUUUGUUGAUGUUGCCAUUUUCAGAGCAAUUAGAGCUGUUAAACAUGUUAUGGAAGAGCACAAUUUUAGCUGCUCGGCUGCAGAAAAUGGAAUUAUUUACACUGAGAAAGUAGGUGACUUGAGUAUCAGAAUCUUGAAAGAUGGUUCUGUGGCGAGCUGUAAGAUUGAUACCAAGAUUGAUGGAGUUGAAGCUACUGGAGUAAAUCAAAAGGAUUUAUUAGAACGAAAUCUACUGAAAGGAAUCACAGCUGAUGAAAAUACAGCAGCUCAUGAUAUUACCACUUUAGGUGUUGUCAAUGUAAGAUAUUGUGGUUAUGUGGUUGUUGUGAAAGUUGAAGAUGGAGGCUCUGAAAAUAACAAUUCUCCAUCUGAUCAAAAUGAUGAAUUGUUUGAUCAGCCAGAGGGUGGUGCCAACGCACUAAACAUUAACAGUUUAAGAUUACUUCUUCACAGCACAACCCAACCAGAGAACAAUAAGCAGAUGACUCAGACACAAAUGUUUGAAGAGCUUAGUGGUUCCAAUGCUUUUGUGGAGAAACUGAUUAAAGAAAGCCUUUCUAAGCUUGAGGAAGAGGAACUGGGUUUGGACUAUUUCGUAAGAUGGGAGCUUGGAGCUUGCUGGAUACAACAUUUGCAAGACCAAAACAGUGCAGACAAAGACAAGAAACCAUCUUUGGAGAAAGCUAAGAAUGAAAUGAAGGUCGAGGGUCUUGGGAAACCGCUCAAGGCCCUCAAGAAUAAUAAAAAGAAAUCUGAUUCAAGCAAUACUAUGCUUGCAUCUGAAUAUUCAAAGCCUAAUCAGGAGGUUGAAAAUGCUCCAUUGCCCUCAAUUGAAUCCCAGCCUGAUACCACUGCAGCUGAUAAUGAACUUUUGCUAAAAGGGAUAUUAUCUGCAGCAGCUUUUACCCGAUUGAAAGAAUCAGGAGCUGGACUUCACUGCAAGUCUAUUCAAGAUUUGAUCAACUUAUCUCGGAAAUAUUACCUGGAUGUUGCUAUCCCUAAACUGGUAGCAGAUUUUGGCUCAUUGGAACUCUCUCCAGUUGAUGGCCGCACCCUAACUGAUUUUAUGCAUACUCGUGGUCUACGCAUGCAAUCUCUUGGACAUGUUGUCAAGCUUUCGGAAAAGCUUUCACAUGUGCAGUCACUUUGUAUUCAUGAGAUGAUAGUUCGAGCUUUCAAGCACAUCCUUAGGGCAGUGAUUUCUGCCGUUGUUGACAAGGAGAAAAUGGCUACAUCAAUAGCUGGUGCAUUGAAUUUGCUACUUGGUGUUCCUGAAAAUAGAGAAUCAGAUAAAUCAUGCGAACUUCACCCCAUUGUAUGGAGAUGGCUAGUAUUGUUUUUGAAGAAACGGUUUGACUGGGAUCUUAGCAGGUUAAAUUACAAAGAUGUGAGGAAAUUUGCAAUUUUACGAGGCUUGUGUCACAAGGUGGGAAUUGAGCUUGCUCCAAGGGAUUUUGAUAUGGAUUCUCCAUUUCCCUUCCAAAAAUCUGACAUUGUCAGCUUGGUCCCAGUUCACAAGCAAGCAGCAUGCUCAUCUGCAGAUGGAAGGCAGCUCCUAGAGUCAUCCAAGACAGCUUUAGAUAAGGGAAAGCUUGAAGAUGCUGUUACCUAUGGGACAAAGGCUCUUGCAAAGCUGGUAGCAGUUUGUGGUCCCUACCAUCGGAUGACAGCGGGAGCAUACAGCCUCCUUGCUGUAGUUUUAUAUCAUACUGGAGACUUCAAUCAGGCGACAAUUUAUCAACAAAAAGCUUUGGAUAUCAAUGAGAGAGAGUUAGGUCUGGAUCAUCCUGAUACCAUGAAGAGCUAUGGGGAUCUUGCAGUUUUCUAUUACAGACUUCAACACACAGAGCUGGCUCUGAAGUAUGUGAAGCGUGCUUUAUAUCUGUUGCAUCUGACUUGUGGUCCAUCUCAUCCAAAUACUGCUGCAACAUACAUUAAUGUUGCUAUGAUGGAGGAGGGUUUAGGAAAUGUACAUGUUGCUCUCAGAUAUCUUCACAAAGCAUUAAAGUGCAACCAAAGAUUACUUGGUGCAGAUCAUAUUCAGACAGCUGCAAGUUAUCAUGCAAUAGCAAUAGCACUCUCAUUGAUGGAAGCAUACCCAUUGAGUGUGCAGCAUGAGCAAACAACUUUGCAAAUUCUCCGAACAAAACUUGGCCCUGACGACUUGCGUACACAGGAUGCUGCAGCUUGGCUUGAGUAUUUUGAGUCCAAGGCUUUUGAACAACAAGAAGCUGCUCGUAAUGGUACUCGAAAACCUGAUGCAUCAAUAGCUAGCAAGGGUCAUCUAAGUGUGUCAGAUCUUCUUGACUACAUUAAUCCUAAUCACGAUUCCAAAGGGAGGGAUGCAGCAGCCAAGAGAAGAAGCCAGGUAACAAAGGUUAAGGCUUCAACCUACCAGAACAUUGACUCAGCAAGUUCUGAUGAGUCUUCAAAAGAAAUUCAAAAAGAGGUUUCAGAUGAAGAUGUACCUAUACCUGACCCAGGAGGUAGUGCAGAUUCUGAGCCUGAGAACAACUCUGCACCUGACUCAGAAGAGCAUAUUUGUGAAAAGAUAUCUGAUGAAAAGCCACAAAUGUCUGGUCAAAUACUGUCUGAAGCUCCUGCUGAUGGAGAUGAUGGAUGGCAACCUGUUCAAAGACCAAGAUCAGCUGGCUCAUAUGGUCGGCGACUGAAGCAGAAACGGCUUGGAAAAGUUCAUAAUUAUCAGAAGAAUGUUGAAACUAGUGCAGAAUACCCUUUGGGAAGGAGUGAUAAUCAGAAUAGUAGGUAUUAUUUCUUGAAGAAGCGGUCAAUGUACCAUGGGGGCUCUGCAGAUAAUCAUGCUUUCAACAUCACCCAAGGCUCUAAAUUUGGAAGGAAAGUAGUCAAAGCUGUUACAUACAGGGUUAAGUCUAUGCCCUCAGCUCCCAAGACUGCUUCAGAUGAGACAUUAGAAAUUGGUGACAAGCAACUAAGUUCUCAUUCAGAACUUGAUUCUAAUGAUGACCAUCCAAUUAAGACUUCAGUAGUUAGUCUUGGAAAAUCUCCUUCGUACAAGGAAGUAGCAUUGGCUCCUCCGGGGACAAUCUCCAAGUUCCAGGUCUAUAAUCCUCAAAGUGAGAUUCCUGAAUGCCGUGAACAUGAUGUUGGAAAACAUAAAGAGGAAGAUGUUGAAGCUCAUAAAAGUAUUAAUCCAACCCCGAAGGAGGUAAAUGAUAUGUCUCAAGAGAAGUGUGAUGAUCCUUUAUCAGAUUCUGUAGAUGAUACACAAGAUGAUAUUGUGGUUGCUCCUGAAAAGAAAGCGGAAAGUCAGUUGAUUGAAGUUGUACAAGAAAAUUCUGGGAGUGCUGAGGUCCUUGAAUCUGUGGAUGUUGAUGCUCAAGGAACAGAUGAUAAUAGCAUAGUGAUUGAUGCUGUACAGAAUCAUUUGGAGUCUUACAAACAAGAACCUAAUGCAACUAAUUCAUCUGGCAGUUUUGAACCUAGUGAUGAUACAAAGUCCAAUUCACCAGGUGGUGAUGAUUCAUCAUCAAGUCCGAGUCAUGCCGGGGUCAUCGCCUAUAAGAAAUUGUCUGCAUCUGCUGCUCCAUUCAACCCGUCACCUGCCAUUGCACGUGCUGCUCCAAUUGCCAUGAAUAUAACUCAUCUUUCUGGUCCUGGUCCUGUUCCUGCUAUUGGCCCCUGGGCACUAAACAUGCCGGGACCUGCUACUUUGCUACCUGCAGGUACCCCAAUGUGUUCCUCUCCACACCACGCAUAUCCAUCACCUCCCACAACACCAAAUAUGAUUCAACCAUUGCCUUUCAUGUAUCCUCCUUUUACCCAACCUCAGUCAAUACCAACCAACAACUUUCCGGUCAGUAAUGCCUUUCAUGCCAAUCAUUUUACAUGGCAAUGUAAUUUGAACCCCGCCAUAUCUAAGUUUGGUCCCAGUGCAGUUUGGCCUGGUUGUCAUCCUAUGGAAUUUUCUCAUCCGGUACCUAUUGUUGAACCAAUCCCUGAUAUCAUUUCAGAGCCACAAGUGCAGUAUCAUGCAGUUGAAAGUCCCCGUUCAGCUUCAGUUCUGCCUGAGGAUAUUGAUAACAUAGGGGAUUCCAAUAAAGAGAUAAAAGCUUUAACAUCCGAGGCAAGUGAAGAUGAAGUGGUGAGAGCUGGUUCGGAAAGUAUAAAAGAAAAUGGUAAUCCAAAUUUUCCUGGGACAGAAAAUGCUGAGAACAAGCCAAAUCUAAACAUUGGCUCGAAUGGCAGCAGUAGCAGCAGUGAAACAAACAUGGAUGGUGAGAAAACAUUCAGCAUUUUGAUUCGAGGAAAGAGAAACCGAAAGCAGACUCUCAGAAUGCCAAUAAGUUUGCUUACACGGCCUCAUGGCUCUCAGUCGUUUAAGGUCAUAUAUAACCGUGUAGUUAGAGGAAGUGAUGCUCCCAAGUCCAUCAAUUUCUCUUCAAGUAAACAUUGUACAGCUACUGCUUAACUCACAGUUCUUCAUUGUUACUAAUGAAAUAUAGCUGAGUUAUUGUGUGCAAAGAAGAACCAGUCGACAUAAUUUCUCAUGAAAGGAACGUGGUAUAUCAGUCAUUCGUGGAUUCAAUCACAAAUCACCCUGCCUUCGCAUCUUAGUUUUUUUGCUGCACUGUCUUCUGAGAGGUUUCUGAUGUUUCCAUUUAAUAUUAGAGGAUUGGAGACUUUUCUUCAAUUUAAGUCUGCAGGUUACUGCUGUCUGUUUUGGGGUUUCGGAGGCACCUUCAAGGUGAAAAUUUUGGUUCUUCAUGGAGUUAGACAGUUUUUGAUAUAAUGAAUUACGAGACCGAGACUUUCUAAUCAUUAUUAUUCUUUCUUGCUACACCAUAGUCGAUGGUUUUGAAUUUUGAUAAUUAAUUCGGUUCAAUUGUAUAUACAUUCUUAAUAUUUGGUUGACUUGUUAUUGAAUUGUUCCAACUGGAAUAAUGUGAAGGAACAUAUCAAUGAAAAUCACUAAUUGUUGGUUUAGGUACACAA